GACAGUAGAGCAGACCUUCAGAGUCAAGCAGCACUCCUGAUGUGUGAGGAGCUUCCAGGGUCCUAGUCUGUCCUGGUAUCAGGUCCUAGUCUGUCCUCAUAUCAGGCGUUUGUCCGGAUCAAAGAGGAAACUGUCCACGAUGACAUCAUCGUCUCUGUUUCUGCUGUCUCUUCUCAUCUUCUGCUCGGGAGCGGUUUACCCGUGCGUCAUGUGGGCGGGUCUUUUGCCCCCCCUGGCAGCGAUGCAUUGAGGGGGUGUGUUCCUGUAAGCCCCCCUACAUGUGUCCCAGAGAUGGCGUGAAACCCGUUUGUGUGAGGAACCACAAGAGGUACUUCUCCUACUGCCAGGCAAUGGCGAUGUCGUGCAUGAGCAAGACGCCCCUCCUGUCCCACUUCGGCGAGCUCUGCGGGGAAAAAAUAAAGAAGUUCAGAAGCUCAGUAGACAAAACAACCGGCGUCGUCAAGAUCUUCCUCCCUGACAACACAGCAGGGGAGGAGCUACUGGUGUGCCACGAUCAGUGGGACAUAGCGGCGGCGAAUGUGGCCUGCAGGGAGGAGCAUCAGAAUCCAGAGCUGAAAAGCAGGGGCGCAGCGUCAGCCUUCGCCGUCGACUACUCCGAGAUCCGCGGCGGGGAUCAGGAGCUCCCGCGGCGGUGCGUUACGGUCCGCUGCCAGGGCUUCGAGUUAUCUCUGGCCGAGUGUGAGAUCUACAACAAGGUGGACAUCGGUGACGGGGCGGUGGCUGCAGCUCGCUGCUACGAGUCCGAACCUGAGGACUGUGGCUUCACGUGUGCCAACGACAAGUGUGUGUCUCUGAACCAGACAUGCGACGGCGUCGACGACUGCGGCGACCGCAGCGAUGAGAUGUGCUGCAAAGAUUGCAGGAAUGGAGCGUUCCACUGCAACACGGGGGUGUGCGUGCACCCGGACGCCGUCGGCGACGACCAGCUGGACUGUCUGGACGGUGAAGACGAGUCGUCCAAUCACCAGGAUUCCUUCACUCUCAGAACCGCCAAACAACAAGCAGAACCUUCAGAAUACGUCUCUCGCAAAAACGAGACUAGAACCACCAGACGUCUGCUGGAGUCCAAACUGAACUGCGGGAUUCCCAACAUGGAGCUGGUGGAUGACACAGAGGAGCAGACGCGUGGGCAGAGAAGCAGAAAGAAAAGGGUGGUGGGAGGAAUACCGGCCAACCCUACUCAGAUCCAGUGGCAGGUGGCUCUGCAGGAAUACAACAAGAUCGACUGUGGAGGAGCUUACGUGGGCGGGUGCUGGGUCAUCACUGCAGCUCACUGCGUCAGACCGAAUCCUGCUGCCUUCAAGGUCAAGUUCUCUCUGUGGAGAAAGUAUUCCCCUCAAGGAACCACCGAUAUCAUUCCUGUGGAGCAAAUCAUCAUUCAUCCACACUACAACCCCGCCACCUACCAAAACGACAUCGCUCUGGUCAAACUGGAGAAGUAUCCCUACAAAGACUUCUGCGUGGAGGAGAACCCGGCCAUCCGAGCCGUCUGUGUGCCAUGGUCCACGGAGCUCUUCCAGCCCAACCACACCUGCAGCAUCUCCGGGUGGGGUCGGACCAAAGCGGGAAGGUCCUCCGAGGUGCUGCUCUGGGCCAACGUGUCGCUCAUCGAGGGCUGCCAGUCGUCCUACAAGCACCGCUUCAAACCCGGCAUGAUGUGUGCGGGUGAUCCGGAAGGCAGCGUGGACUCGUGUCAGGGGGAUAGCGGGGGUCCUCUGGUUUGCCAGGACCAGCUGGGAGUGUCCUACCUGUGGGGCAUCGUCAGCUGGGGGGAGAGGUGUGGACAGCCUGGGUUCCCUGGAGUUUACACUCAGGUUGCCUAUUACUUUGAAUGGAUCCGGAGUCACACCGGUUGGCCCGCAGUCACCAAAUUCAACUCCUAAUGAGAAGAACCUCCACCGCCUGGACGGAAGGUCGUGGAAACCAAACGGUCCUCAUGGUUUGGUUGAGUUUGCAGACGCCAUCCUGACCAUCAUCGUUCCAGCAGAUUCUGUUCAGGGAGAACUUUUUCUUUCAAACACUGCUGGUUCCUUAAAAUGCUACAACACAAUUCCAUUUACGGAUAUUAGCAUGAAUAUUAAGAAAGGUUUAGAGUGACGAAGAUUUCAUUUUCCACUUCCAGGUGUGAAAACUCAUCAAAGUUCAAAGUUUUCUGUCAUAACUUUCUCCUUUAUUUUGGUAAAAAUAUUCCUACUUAAAAACAAGUAGAACAUUUAUCAAAUAAAAUUAGUUUUAACUAAAUAAAGAUUAUAUUGGAGUUGGAAA